UCACAAACAAACCACACCAGCCACACCACGUUAGCUCUCUACCAUUACCGCGCUCACCUCCACCCCCAAACUCUAUAUAAAAAUCCCGCCUUCAUUUCUCUCUCUCUCUCACCUAAUUUCCUCUCUCCCAUUUUCCUUGGAAUGUUGGCUACUAACCCUAGCCUCUUCUUCCCCUCCAAACCCUCCAUUGCCCUCCGCUGCAGCGCCGCCGCCGGCGACCCACCUCGAGGCGCCGCAUUCCCUCGCCUGGUCCAGUUUCCCUUCGCCGCCUCCGACGUCGCCUCCGUCAGCGGCCGAAUCGGCCUCGACACCGAACCCGACGGAGGCGGCGCGGCUCGGCUCCGCGGCGGAAGCUCCGGCGGUGCUAUUAAGGUGACGGCCAAGGAGCCGAAGUGGUCGAGGGAUAGAGAGAGUUACUUGGUCGACGAUGGAGACGCGCUGCCUCUCCCCAUGACUUAUCCAGAUACGGCUCCGGUGACGCCGGAGGUGAUUGAGCAGAGGCUCCGGUGCGACCCUGUAGUCGAGGAUUGCAAGAUAGUAGUGUAUGAAUGGACAGGAAAGUGUAGGAGUUGCCAGGGCUCAGGAUACGCUAGUUAUUAUAAUAAAAGAGGGAAGGAAAAUGUCUGCAAAUGCAUACCUUGCCAAGGAAUCGGAUAUGUACAAAAGAUAACAACUCGCACCAACAUUGAUGUAAUGGAAGAUUUGGAUAACGGAAAACCACCAUGAGCUUAACAGAAAAUACUUUUUUGCCAUCUUUCUAUAUCGGGAACAUUUACACUUAUUUUGAUGAGUUCCGGUUAUCCCUCUUUCAAAGUAAAAGAGGUUUAUCAUUGUCGAUUAUUUUACUAGGUUGGGGAGCUGUGGGGUAGAUAUAGGAUGAGGACUUCCUGACUUGUAAAACAAGAUGAAAGUGUUGGAGUAUUGCUUUUGUUUAGAUUAUCUGUUGAUUGGUUGUAAUCCGAUUUGAUGCUAUAACAUUUUGUAUCUAAUUAAUUACAAAGAAUCUUUAAUAAAAUAUCACUCCUCAAAGGAAAGUUUCGAGGACUGGAAA